AUGGUGUGCAUAAGAAUUUAUUGCUUCAUCAAGAUCUGCUUAAUCCUAGUUUUCUACUUCACAUUAUCGUUCUAUGCAGGAACACUUCUGCUAUUGACAAGGCUGGUGUUGAGGCCAUUCAGAAAUGCGAGAACCUGCUUCACCAAAAUCAUAAAGGGAUACUGGUUAAGCCUGACAGCAUCUGUGUGCUACUUAUAUUUUCCGCAUCCUAUUUACGUAGCUUAUAACAAAGACAUUUUGAAGAGGAAAAGGUGUCUGAUAGUGUCAAAUCACCUGACGAAUCUGGAUUGGAUUUUCAUGGUUGUAGUUUUGAAUGAACUGGGAAUGUAUGAAGAGCUGUGUAUAAUUAUGAAACAUAGUUUGUCGAAACUACCUAUUUAUGGAUACGGAAUGAAAUGCUUUGAUUACAUUUUUCUGAAAAGGAGGUGGCAGGACGAUAUACACAUUCUGUCGCAGGGACUGGAAAAGCUGAAGAAGAAGAAAAAUUUUUACCUGCUUUUCUUUCCCGAGGGUACAAUACUUGACUCAGAAACGUACGAAAAGUCGCAGAAAUAUGCCCAAGAUCUCAACCUGGCGAUCGAUGGUACGUUGUAUAACCCACAGUUUUGCUUGAUACCACGGGUAAAGGGUAUAAACAAGAUAUACGAAGUUUUACGGGAUGAAAUUGAUGGAGUUAUUGAUAUAACACUUUUCAUAACACCAUACAAAAGGUAUUUGGCGGAGCAUUACGAUUAUUGUGACGUACUUUUUAGUCCGGAACGAAUACCACGUUUUUAUGUUGUACUUGAUGAGUAUAAGGGAAAGAUGAAUGGAGAAUGGCUUUACAGGAUAUUCGAUAGCAAACAAAAAAGCGGAAACCACCAUAAAAGAGUUUUACAUAUAAUCGGACCCAGGUCAAAAUCAAUCAACAACGUUUAACUGAACUGGUCAGAAGAAGUUUAUUUGUGGCAUGAUCGUAUGCUUCCUAUACAAGAGAAAGAAUGAUGUGCUUGUCAUUUUGAAGGUGACGUAAAACCACAAGUGUUCACUAAACGUGAAAAACGUGAGCUGCGUUGAAUUUAUGGGAAAUGAAAUACGAAAAUGAAUGGAAGAUACGAGGAUUGACGAGAUAAUGCAGGCUAUGGACAAGAAGAAGGUGAAAAUAGGUAUGACGAUGUGUGAAAGACCACAAAUCAUGUAGUGGAUGGCGGUGGUGCGCAGGUUGUGUUUAUGAUGCUUAAUCCGGAAUGUGGGCAAUGAAUAAGCUAUAUUUUUGUGUUCCUC